GUGAGGGCAUGGUGUCAUGGCAGUGUGUCUGUCAGUAUAAAUAGUGAGGGCAUGGUGUCAUGGCAGUGUGUCUGUCAGUAUCAAUAGUGAGGGCAUGGUGUAAUGGCAGUGUGUCUGUCAGUAUCAAUAGUGAGGGCAUGGUGUCAUGGCAGUGUGUCUGUCAGUAUACAUAGUGAGGGCAUGGUGUCAUGGCAGUGUGUCUGUCAGUAUACAUAGUGAGGGCAUGGUCAUGGCAGUGUGUCUGUCAGUAUAAAUAGUGAGGGCACGGUGUAAUGGCAGUGUGUCUGUCAGUAUAAAUAGUGAGGGCACGGUGUAAUGGCAGUGUGUCUGUCAGUAUAAAUAGUGAGGGCAUGGUGUCAUGGCAGUGUGUCUGUCAGUAUAAAUAGUGAGGGCAUGGUGUCAUGGCAGCGUGUCUGUCAGUAUAAAUAGUGAGGGCAUGGUGUCAUGGCAGUGUGUCUGUCAGUAUAAAUAGUGAGGGCAUGGUGUCAUGGCAGUGUGUCUGUCAGUAUAAAUAGUGAGGGCAUGGUGUCAUGGCAGCGUGUCUGUCAGUAUAAAUAGUGAGGGCAUGGUGUCAUGGCAGCGUGUCUGUCAGUAUAAAUAGUGAGGGCACGGUGUCAUGGCAGUGUGUCUGUCAGUAUAAAUAGUGAGGGCAUGGUGUCAUGGCAGUGUGUCUGUCAGUAUACAUAGUGAGGGCAUGGUGUCAUGGCAGUGUGUCUGUCAGUAUACAUAGUGAGGGCAGGGCAGCACAGCAGUGACAGAGCUCUGUUCUCCCUGGCUGACUAUGGCUGCCGCUCUGUGCUUCUCUGCUGUUACCCGGUCUCGGCUCUGCUGCCGCAAAUUACUCUCCCUCACCCCCCACCGAGCCCCUCGGCCCUCGGCAUCAACCAGGGGCUCCAGCAGCAGGACAGGUAACCCCUUAUCUACCUACUGACAGCAACACAGAGCGCUUACUGAGCACACCUCUCUGAACUACGACUCCCAUGAUGCUCAGGCGGCCGCUCGCAUGUCCGAGCAUGACGGGAAUUGUAGUGCACAAACACCAGGCCACGGAAACAUGGCUGCCGCCUGUGCAAAACAUGGCCCAUCUACCAUUAUGGUAUUACAGCUUUAUAUUUAGCUGUAAACACGUUGUUAUUAUUUGUAAUAAUAGUACUACACCAGUAUAUUUCACACACACACACCCUGGCCUGACAAUGCCAUAUUAUCAUUAUUAUAACUAUAGGUUAGCUAUUAACCCUUCAUAUCCCGGUGGGCUGCUGUGACCUGUGUUAUCCUGAGGACGCAGAGCCUCAUGGGAAACGUAGUCCCUAGCAGGGGGAGAGCUAUUCCCAGUGGCUGGGAAGGCACCCAGCAUUGAGUUCUAUGUCCUGCAUCUCCAGCCCGGCAGUGAAGGGGUUAACCCCGGCUGUCGGGGAGGGGAGGAGAGGGGGGCUGGCCAUAUUUAGUUUUUUUGCGGGAAGUUUAAAUUGGCGGGAGCGGUAAGGGGCCGGGUCUCUCACUGUGUUUUUAAUCUCCCACCAUGCCGGUCACCACGCUCUCUGCCUCUCCUGUCAAACGCCCCAAAGAGGAUGACCCUGCCCUGGCACAGAGGGGAGCCCCCAAACUGCGCUUCGCCAAGCUCUCAGACCAUGCCUUCACCCCCACCAGGGGCUCCGCCAAGGCCGCCGGGUAUGACCUGUACAGGUAGGUACUGCUAACCAUGGUAACCUACCCACCCAACUGUGUACACUGCUAACCAUGGUAACCUACCCACCCACCCCACUGUGUAACCUGCUAACCAUGGUAACCUACCCACCCACCCCACUGUGUAACCUGCUAACCAUGGUAACCUACCCACCCACCCCACUGUGUAACCUGCUAACCAUGGUAACCUACCCACCCCACUGUGUACACUGCUAACCAUGGUAACCUACCCACCCACCCCACUGUGUACACUGCUAACCAUGGUAACCUACCCACCCCACUGUGUGCUCUGCUAACCAUGGUAAUCUACCCACCCACCCCACUGUGUACACUAACCAUGGUAACGUGUACCCUGCCCACCAUGUUAAACUGUACACUGGUAACCUACCCACCCCACUGUGUACACUUCUGUCAUCUUUCUUUUAAUUGUAACUUGUUAUAAACUUGUCUACAGAAAAAUAGCAAUUUUAUUUUUUUUUUAUUUUUAUUUUUUUUGAUCUCCUGUAAAAGUCAGCAUUGCUAAAGUAUUUUGGAGGGAAAUGCCCUCUGCUUCCUGAGUUAGUCAGGUUAAUAUCUUGUACUUUAGAACUCCCUCCUUCCUCUUAAUUCUAUAUUACUAUUUUUUUUUUUUUAUUGAUGGUUUGAAAAUUCCCUUGUCCAUACUUGCUGCAGACUACACUAGCUAUUAUUUGACACUUUGAGUUAGUCUUUAACCGCUUAAGGACAAAGCUUCAGUUGCCAGUUUUUCACUUAAAGGGGCACUGUCGUUGGAAAAAAUAGUAUUUUAUAUAGACAGAAGCUCCCUAACAUUUAUUGUGGUUCUGCGGCUAAUUAUAGCUUCUCUACUGUACGUGAGAUAAUUGGACUUAGAUGUUGGAGACUUGCACACACAUUUCUAGUGGAGUGCUGGCCCUCUAUUGUCUUGUACUAGUACUGCACUGAGACAUUGACUGUCUGCCCAAUACAAGGAGCUUUGUUUAGUUUACAACAGGGCUUGUCAGCGCCCUGGUCGCCAUGACACCUAGGAAUUCUGCCAUGGCGCCUGGGAUAUGUGAGCCAGUUACCUUCAGAGGUGGGUGGCAAGCUUGGGGAUUGUGCAGGCGGGUGGCAAGCUGGGUCUUCGUGCAGGUUGCCAGCUGGCUGUGUGAUAGUAGGCUGGCAGCGAGGGAGCUAUGAUGGGCUUGCUGUGCUCCUUCGCCUCUUACUGAGGCUGGGUCUGGAAUAUGACGCUGCCUGGCAACAAUGUGCGAUCCACCAGCAUGCCUGCGCGAUCCACCAGCAUGCCACUGUGGUACUCCGCAGAUGUGGCCAAAAUAGUUAAAAACAAAAAGUUAGCAUUUAGGAAUUAUAAAAAAACCCAGAGUGAGGAAGACAAAAUGAUCUAUAAGAUUAGGCAGAAAGAGGCUAAGCAAGUUAUAAGAGCUUCCAAAUCACACACAGAAGAGAAAAUAGCACAGUCAGUAAAAAAGGGGGAUAAAACAUUUUUUAGAUACAUAAAUGAGAAAAGAAAAGUAAAACAAGCAUUAGUUAGAUUAAAAACAAAAGAAGGAAGGUAUGUAGAAGAGGAUAAAGGUCAGGCUGACUGCCUCAAUGAAUAUUUUUGUUCUGUAUUUACAGAAGAAAAUGAAGGAAAGGGACCUCAGUUGAGAAAAAGGAUAAAUGAGUCAUUUAUUACACGUGAGUUUACAGAGGAAGAGGUUCUAUUUCAACUGUCAAAAGUAAAGACAAAUAAGUCAAUGGGACCUGAUGGAAUACACCCAAAGCUAUUAAAAGAGCUUAGUGGUGUACUAGCAAAACCAUUAACAGAUUUAUUUAACCAAUCAUUGUUAACAGGAGUAGUCCCAGAAGAUUGGAAGUUAGCGAAUGUUGUGCCCAUUUACAAGAAAGGUAAUAGGGAGGAGUUGGGCAACUAUAGGCCUGUAAGCCUUACUUCAGUAGUGGGGAAAGUGAUGGAAACCAUGUUAAAGGAUAGGAUUGAUGAACAUCUAAAAACACAUGGAUUUCAAGAUCAGAGACAACAUGGGUUUACUUCAGGGAGAUCAUGCCAAACUAAUCUUAUUGAUUUUUUUGAUUGGGUAACUAAAAUUAUAGAUCAGGGUGGUGCAGUAGACAUUGCUUACCUAGAUUUCAGUAAGGCUUUUGACACUGUUGCACAUAGAAGGCUUAUCAAUAAACUGCAAUCUUUAAGUUUGGAUUCCAAUAUUGUUGAAUGGGUAAGGCAGUGGCUGAGUGACAGGCAACAGAGGGUUGUAGUUAAUGGAAUAUAUUCGAAGCUUGGACUUGUCACCAGUGGGGUACCUCAGGGAUCUGUACUUGGACCCAUUCUCUUUAAUAUUUUUAUUAGUGAUAUUGCAGAAGGUCUUGAUGGUAAGGUAUGUCUUUUUGCUGAUGAUACUAAGAUAUGUAACAGGGUUGAUGUUCCAGGAGGGAUAAGCCAAAUGACAAAUGAUUUAGGUAAACUAGAAAAAUGGUCAGAAUUGUGGCAACUGACAUUUAAUGUGGAUAAGUGCAAGAUAAUGCAUCUUGGACGUAAAAACCCAAGGGCAGAGUACAGAAUAUUUGAUAGAGUCCUAACCUCAACAUAUGAGGAAAGGGAUUUAGGGGUGAUUAUUUCUGAUGACUUAAAGGUAGGCAGACAAUGUAAUAGAGCAGCAGGAAAUGCUAGCAGAAUGCUUGGUUGUAUAGGGAGAGGUAUUAGCAGUAGAAAGAGGGAAGUGCUCAUGCCAUUGUACAGAACACUGGUGAGACCUCACUUGGAGUAUUGUACACAGUACUGGAGACCGUAUCUUCAGAAGGAUAUUGAUACCUUAGAGAGGGUUCAGAGAAGGGCUACUAAACUAGUUCAUGGAUUGCGGGAUAAAACUUACCAGGAAAGGUUAAAGGAUCUUAACAUGUAUAGCUUGGAGGAAAGACGAGACAGGGGGGAUAUGAUAGAAACAUUUAAAUAUAUAAAGGGAAUCAACACAGUAAAGGAGGAGACUAUAUUUAAAAGAAGAAAAACUACCACAACAAGAGGACAUAGUCAUAAAUUAGAGGGACAAAGGUUUAAAAAUAAUAUCAGGAAGUAUUACUUUACUGAGAGGAUAGUGGAUGCAUGGAAUAGCCUUCCAGCUGAAGUGGUAGAGGUUAACACAUUAAAUGAGUUUAAGCAUGCGUGGGAUAGGCAUAAGGCUAUCCUAACUAUAAGAUAAGACUAGGGACUAAUGAAAGUAUUUAGAAAAUUGGGCAGACUAGAUGGGCCGAAUGGUUCUUAUCUGCCGUCACAUUCUAUGUUUCUAUGCCUGCGCGAUCCACCAGCAUGUGUUUGUCAUGGUGUUUAGGUGACCAGACCCCUUCCAUUUGCAAGGGAAGUGCUUUUUACUCACCUUGGUCUCCCCUCGACUGGCCCUGCCUCUAUGGCUGAGAUUUUUAAGCUUGAUAUCAGCCAAUCCAAUGUUUUGACGUAUGAUUGGCUGCGAUAUGCUGCACCAAACAGCAUCUCAUCUUGAAUUCAUGCAUCUCUAUGGGGAAGAUCAGCGUCUCCAUGCAGUGCGUGAAGAUGCUGAAUGUAGUUACUGCAACACUGACACAAGAAGCACCUCUAGUGACAGUCUGAGUGACUGCCACUAGAGGUGUCACUAGUAAUGUAAACACUUCCCUUUCUCUGACUGGACAGGCUAUAGACACCAGAACCACUACAUUAACCCCUUAAGGACCAAACUUCUGGAAUAAAAGGGAAUCAUGACAUGUCACAUGUCAUGUGUCCUUAAGGGGUUAAUCUGUAUUGAUCGUGGUGACUAUAGUGUCCCUUUAAGAAUUGUAUUUUUGUCAUUUAAUAAAAAAACUUUGGCCCCCUAUUGUCUGUCUCUGUCUCAAAUAUAUUAUAAUCUUUUUAUUUUUUAUUUUAUUUUUUUUAUACAGUGCAUAUGAUUAUUUGAUACCUGCCAUGGACAAAGCUGUGGUGAAAACAGAUAUCCAAAUAUGUGUUCCCACUGGUUGUUAUGGAAGAGUAGGUAAGGUGGCUUUGCUCUGUGAUUAUUCCUUUUAAUGGUAGCUUAUUGUAUGCUCUCUGCCACCCCCUACCCCCAUUAUCUUUUAUUUCACAUUUAAAUAAAUUAGUUCAAGUACCAAGAUUGCAAAAAUCUGUCUAAUAUACUGAAAGUGUUCUAAGGUAACAUCCCCAGGAUGUAUUUGAAAACCAGUGUAAUCUGAAUGUACCUUUCCUGGUUAAUUUAUUAUUGAGAAUGGCAUUCUGGGCUGGGAAAAUCACAAAUACACAAUGUAGCAGAGCUGCAAUGUUAAAUCCCAAUAUCUCUGCUGGUACAGAAAGUAAUCCAAGUAAAGCGCUGAAAAGGAAGGCAAUAUCCCAAAUCCCCCAGUAACCGGACGAAACACAGUUCUGGGAGUCGCCUCAUGAUUUUAUUCAUAAGCUGCAGUAUUUGUGAUUCCCUAUGCAAGGGGUCUCCUUAAUUACUUUACAGGGGUUGUACAGUAGGGGACUACAUGGGGAAACUGAAUAUGCAGAACAUUUCUCCCACCAUGCACUGCUGUACAAGAGGGAUACUACCACGUGAAUAUCCUGUUAAGUGGAUUAUCCCUCCGUACAGCAGAACCGGCUUUUCACACAAAAAUCAGUAACUUAUAUUUUAUUCGUGCUAUUGUACCGCUCAGAUCCCAGCAUAAAUAACCGAACGCUGCACGAAAACACACUUUAAUAUGCAUUCAUCAUUAAAGUCCCGUAUACACCAUUGGGGAAAAGGUACCGAAAGACCAGCGCUCCCGAACGGCUUGGAAGUCCAGUGGUGUUCGUGCCGUCGAGUAGCCGAUUUUUAGUUUCAGGCAUUCGACGACCAAACACUGCUGGGCAAAAGGGAACUCCAAGAUGGCCGCUGCCUCAUGGUCGAUAGCCAAACGACGGCCACCUGGGAAAUCAUUUAGCAGCCGAUUGCUACAAUGUUGCAAUCGUUUAAUGGGAGCCACACAACCCCUUGUGUGUGGGCUCCCAUUCGGUACUUAAUUCGUUUCACGAACCGUGUGGAAAGUCACUGUUUGUGAAACUACCAUAUGAAUGAAAGUGUCUUUUGGCUGUUCGCAUACGAAUGCUCUCUAUUACAGUAAAUACGGAACCUAACAGAAUUGGGCCAGCUUUCUAGCACAACCUUUAGACAUAUAACCGCACAUCUAAAGUGGCUAGGCUUGCCACACACAACAAAGUCACUUAUUCCAUAAAGAUUAUUCUUUAUUUACCUAAAGUGCAUGGGUUUGUAAAUUUAAUUAAAAAAAAAAAAAAUCUACUUGUCAUUACACAACAAUGGACAUUGACAGGACUAUUUCCUGAACUUUAACAAAAUAAAUUUUAAAAGGAAGAAAUGUAGGCAACAAUAGUGAACGUGGAAAUAUGCUCUAACUUUGCUAUAUGCACAACAUGGCUAUUUUUGCCUCCGUUUUGCCAAAUGGGUUUAUUUUGGGAAAAAAUUACGCUGUCUCUAUGCUGUCCCAUAGUCUCCCAAUUUUUUUCAUAGUGUGCUUGCUGGGUUUAAUCUGUUUGGUGGCUGUAUGUGAUUGUGAUCACAUUGGCCCGCAUGCAGACACAUGACCCAUACAAACUACACAUUCUCUCUGACCCACUCACAGCACAGCUAAGCAACAUCUGAUCAGUGGAUGUGCACCCUGUCCCAUGCUCUCUGCCCUUUAUAGUGUUGGUGGCCAAUCUGUGCAUUGUGAGAAGUUGUUGGCUGCUGCUUCUCACACUUCGCUGCAACUGGCCCCCAUCACUGUUUCUCGUUACGCCUGCCAGAGAGUCUCUGCCUGGCACCAACUCCCCCAAGGCAGUCUUGCCACUUUCCUACAGCAGGGCUAAAAGAAUAAAAAAAUAAAUAAAUCUUGCUGCCUGAUACCUGGAACUGCAUGUCCUGAGCAUCAGGCAAUAUAAAUUCCGCAUACCUGAAAGUGGCAUGCUGCACAUUAUGACACCUGUAGUUACUUAUUUAAAAUAUCUCUGCUAUACUUGGUAAUACCUGAAAAUAAUAUUUGUUUCUUUGCUCUUCAGCUCCCCGAUCAGGUUUGGCUGCUAAGUAUUUCAUUGAUGUUGGAGGUAAGGGUCUGACUUUUUGGAGUUGUAUAUCUCAUUUUUCCACUAGUUUUUACAUUUGAUGUUAUUUAAAAUGUGUAACAGAAGUGGUGUGGAGGCAGUGUAGUUGCAUACUAUUAAUAACCUGCACUGGAUUUGUGAACCACAUGACUAUACAACCUAGUUGUAUGUAUUGCAUUAUAUUUGUCUUUGCUAAAUAAAAAUCAUUUGAAAAGUCUAGUCAAUGUUUCUUAAAGGAACAUGCAUCACUUGACUAAUUGUUUUUUGGGGUUUUUUUUUAACCGCAAUCAAAUCAAACUGAGUCUUCAUAAUUGCCUGCUUUUCAGCAUGCAUGGUGAAGCUGAAGCUUUUGAAUUACAGUUGCCUCAAUGUGAUUCUUUUAUUAAGCAAAAAAUGCACAUAAAAGUAUAUUACAUUAUUUUAAAAGCUUUUCUAAUCCUAAAUUGAGGCUAGAAUUAUUCAACUCUAAUGGAAUAUCUCAAUUUAAUUCUUUGAGACCCUUUUUGACUUAAGGGGCAUCUCUGUCCCUAUAAAAGACAGUCCUGUACAGUAGCCAUUUACUUGGGUCUAUGUGCCUGUAUGAGUUUCAAGCCUAAUAGGUUUUUUUUUUUCUCUCGAAUAGCUGGUGUGGUGGAUGAGGACUACCGAGGAAAUGUUGGGGUUGUAUUAUUUAACUUUGGUAAAGAACCUUUUGUAGGUAAGUAUUAAGUGACAUUUUUGUGUGUAAGCAAGAUACAUGGCAAAUAGGAAUGACUGCUUAAUGAAUGUGUAAUUAAGCAUGUAAGAACGUUAUCUGGCCCUAUCCUGAUUAAGUCACUAAACAUACAGAACAAAGAUAAACCUGUUUACAAGAGGCACCUCUUUAGCAUAAAAAUUAAUAAAGCCAGCCGCAUAAGGCAACGCUCCUGUGACAAUUACUGUUAUCUCCAUACCAAACCCUGACUAUAAAAUCCUGACCCCUCUUUGUAUCUUCAUAACGUUCUUCUUUUUCUUUUCCUCCAGUGAAAAAAGGGGACAGAGUGGCUCAGUUAAUAUGUGAGAGGAUUGUAUAUCCUGAUCUUGACGAGGUCAACGUAAGUCACUGCAAGAAUAUUAAGCAUACAUUGGGUUAAUGCAUUGUCUGGAUACUUAAAGGAGCACAGUAACAUAACCAUUGAAUCUCAAUAUAGUGCUGGCAGGAUAUAGGCUUCCCAUUGGCGGGUGGGAAAUUGUUUUCCCAGGCACAUAGUCUACUCAAUUUGUGUUUAUAAUAAAGCAUUUUCUGUUCCAUGUUGCCAAUUUUAAAUUUGUUCAACUGGGACUUAAUUGCUACAUUGAGAGCUCUGAGGGAAGGGGUAGUGCAUCUGCAUUUGUUUUAAUAAACUCACUUUCUUUUCCUAGGUUUUAGAUGACACGGAGCGUGGCGCUGGUGGAUUCGGCUCAACUGGUCAAAAUUAAGCUCGGAUUUUUAAUGUUUGUUUGUUACGGAAAAAUUUAUAAUAAAGUAUUUCUUUUAUACUAUGUAAAAUGUUUU